AUGGUGCUGCGCGUCAUCACAGGGGUCCGUGCCCCUCCGCCGAGCAAGAAAAACAAUGCCUCUUCAAACACAAAGGAGUCUCCCCGAGUAGACCCAGUAGACGGAUCGCCGGGGACGGCCAGCGAAAUCGCACGCCGAAAAUCGGAGCGGCAUCGCACGUUUGGCUGGGUGGACACCGAUCCGGGCUUGGAGGUCCAGGACUUGGACCCCAACGUCGUCCUCAACGAGCAUGGGAUUCCUGAACGUGUGAUGCUCUCCUAUCUCAAGGGAGAGAUCGAAGGCGAGGCUGCGGUCAAGAACCUCCCAGCUGCCAUUCUCCUCAUCGUUUGGUUCUUCUUGAUGAACUUGUCGCAUGAGCAGCCCGAUUCCAUCCAUAGCGUCGAGAAAUCGAUCGACUAUGACAUCUAUGAGAAUGCGAAUUUUGCCUUCUCCAGCCCUCUCUACAUGGGACACAAGAACUUCCAGGAUGUCAACACCUUUGCAGAUUGGUAUUCCUGGAUGAAUCUUGGAUUCUCGGCGAUCUACUUCCCGACAUCUCCAGCGGUGUCUGAGGGAUCCAGCUCUGUUUUGCCAGACAUGACCUUCGGUGAAGCGAGCAUGUAUUUGCAGCACAAUCGAAAGAUUGGUGGCGUGAAACUUGUUCAGCAAAGGUUGGUGGAUGCAGAGUGCAAGAAUCCCACAGUGGCCCAUGCAAUGGAACUAGAUCCUUGCUUCCAGUUCGAAGGACUGGACCUGCGGCUGAAACCCACGGAGCUCGACGUCUCCCAGGAGGACUUGGUCGAAAGCAGGGCGAGCACGACCGUAGAAUGGCUGGACUACCUCAUGGAGUUUCCCAAUGUCACAGUGGGCAAUCAACUACGAGAUCUGGAGUUGAGUCGAUGGCUGAACAAUCGCACUUACCGUGUGAAGGUCAGCUUCAUGACCUAUAAUGCAUACUACGAUAUGCUGACCACCACCAGCAUCCACUUCAUGUUCGCCAUUUCAGGCCGCAUCUUCAAGCAGAUUACGCACAGGUCGGUUAUCCUGGAAGCUCAUUCAACCUUCGAGAGCUGGCUGUACGAGGUACUUUUCUUUGGUCACAUCCUUGUGCUGUUCCUGAACGAAGGUUUCGAAGCGAUUUGCUGCAUUCGGGAGCACAAGUGCCGGGUGGUUGAAGCAUGGAAGGCAUAUUGGAACUUCUGGAAUGUGGUGGACUGGGUGUCUAUCCUUCUUGCAUUUGCCAUCUUGAUUACCUGGAUCUCUCAGAACAUCGGACAGGCGGAGAUAUCUGCAGACCUCCAGACCUACAUACCUGUACAUUCUGCCUGCCGGCUGUCUACGAGCACGGCGAGCGCGGCCUGUGCUACCGCGAGGGCUUAUGACGAGAAGCUCUUUGACGACAUGGAGCAGUUGGGAUAUGUGAUCAGGACGAACCGGUGGAUUUCCGGGUUCUAUCCAGUCUGCAUCAUGAUGCGGCUGUUCAAGGCCUUUGCGGCCCAGCCUCGCUUGGCCAUUGUGACCAAAACGUUGGCGCUGGCCGCAAACGACCUCACACAUUUUGGCAUUGUGUUCCUGUCCAUCUUCUUCGCCUACGUUGCGAUGGGCAUGGCAUUCUUUGGAAGGGAGGUGGAGUCCUUUGCUUCGUUUGAUCGGGCAUCGCUUGCCCUGCUGCGUGCCCUGAUGGGCGACUUCAGUGUCGAAGACAUGGAGUUGCGCGGACGGCCAGUUGCUUUCUUCUUUUUUGGCACCUACAUGAUGGCUGCCGUUUUGUUGCUGCUGAACAUGCUCAUUGCCAUCCUCAUGGACGUCUAUGGGCAG